GGUAUUACAAUUAUGGAGGAAAGUCAUUCAAUUCCUCAUCCUCCCCAUCUGGCUCAAGAUUGAAUGAAUGCGAAACCAUGGCUCUUAAAGCUCUCAAAGUUAAUGAGUCAAAAUGUACACAUAUGAAGUGCACAUUCGGAGGGAUUUGGAAUGGUGGCGGCGGGGAUGGACAGAAAAACCUUUUUGUUGCCUCAUUUUUCUUUGACCGUGCUGCUGAGGCGGGUUUUGCCGAUCCAAACUUGCCCAUUGUCAAAGUUCGUCCUGUGGACUUCGAGGUCGCAGCUAAGCGAGCUUGUCAAACAAAACUUGAGGAAGCAAAAUCAGCUUAUCAACGUGUGGAGGAGGGGAACCUACCAUAUUUAUGCAUGGAUCUUGUAUACCAGUAUACAUUACUUGUAGCUGGAUUUGGUCUCGAUCCACGGCAACCGAUUACAUUGGUGAAAAAGGUUCAGUACCGUGAUGCUCUUGUUGAAGCAGCAUGGCCCCUCGGCAGCGCCAUAGAAGCUGUGUCAUCUACGUAAUAUGGCCAGUAUGAAAACCAAUUACUAUUAGAAUUAUUCGUUCAAAAUACAGCUCCAACGGAGUACUAUCACAAGUCUUUCAGAGAUGAAAAUGAAAUUAGAAACGGGUCUUUGUUUUAAUAAUAAUAGAAGAUAGACUCGUCAACUUUCAUUUGUAAUUAUUUUGGAAAAAUAUCAGUUCCCAUAUUCGAUUCAUUUUGUUCAUUCAUAUUUGUAAUAGGUAGAGACAAACUUACAUAAUGGUGAUAUUGAUAUUAUUCCAAUUUUGGUUGAUUCAUGGAAGCAAUUAAUUAUUGGCUUCGUU